AUGAAGCUUACUCCCAGAUCCCAGACCGGGAACGACCUCCAUGAUUCUCGCAGAAGACCAAAACGACCUCGACGUUCCCCAAUAAAGCCCGAGUCGUCGCCGGAUGCGCCAUACGGUUUCCCAAAUAUUUUAAUGGGAUCUACUCAGAAUGACCUGGUCCCGCCCUCGGGCUUGCACCGCUUACCACGACCACCAAGCUUGCCGAAUCCUCUUCCUCCCCCACCAGCUGCAUGGCAGGGCGAACAGAUGACCGAGUGGCUGAGGGCCAAAACUGAGGAAGAUCGUCGCAAGCAGGCUGAGGAGAGGACGCAGCAGGAGAGUUUGAUUUUGGAACAGCGCCGUGUUGAGCAGUCUAUGCUGGCUGAUUGUUUGAGGGCUGGUAUGCCGCCGCAUUUUCUUCCGUGGAUUUUUGCGGCUUUUCAGCAUACUUCUGCUGCCGCUCAGAGUGCUUCUACGGUGCCGCAGCUGAGUUCAAAUAUGGAUUUUCAGCAGUGGUCGACAGCUACUAGAGCUGCUCAACCUCAAUCUCAAGCUCAGCCUCAAGCCUUAGCUCAAUCUCAACCGCCUCCUUUACCUUCUUUGUCUGCUCAAGCUCAACAGCAGAGCUAUCAGGGACCCGUGUCUUCCAUGAAUCCGCCGCCGUCUCAGGCUCAGCAGCCAGCGCAAACGCCAGCACAGCCUGUACAGAAAUCACCUAGUUUCAGACAAUCGUUCCCUAUCAUGGGCCCUGUCUCUCAUCCGCCUCGAUCCAUGGAGCUCCAAGGCAAAUCUCGGUCCUCUGGUGCGCGACACACGAUUACUGCACGUCCUCAUUUCCCACCUCUUCCUAAUUGGGCCUGGGACUACCGACAGCCACCACCUCUCGCCUUCCACCACUGGACUCCGCCAGAGAGUCUGCAAGCUCAAUCCCAAUCGCAACCGCAGUCGCAAUCACAGAAUCCAGCAAUCACAACCCAUGAUUCUGGUGCUCCUCCAAAACCACCUGCGUCCAACCUCCGUUCGGAGCAAAACUCCCCAGUCCAAAAACGGAAAGACGAGAGAUCGCAUCAAAAAGUGCCUCCCCCCUCGUCCCGUGUACUCGAUGCUUCUACCAGGAGACAAGAUUCAAGCGACAACUCGCGUGGAAUUUGGUCGCAGCCUCAUCGGCGCCAGAUCAGUGAUGUGUCUAGCACAGAAGGCGCUUGUGGUAAUGACGAGGGCGAGUCUUCCGAGCAAUUCUCUGAAAUGACUCCAGCUAUCACAGACUUAUCCAGUAUCCACAACACCCAGGACGUCAAUGUGGGAAGUCGGAAUGAGUCUUCCACACGUCAGUGA